AUGCCGUCGAUCUCGGAGCUACGUAGCCGCUUGGCUAAAGCACAGGCUAAAACUACGGUCUCUCGUCUUAGUAGCUCGCAGUGUAUCGAUAUAUUGCUCAAAGUAUGUCAAAAACGAAACAUCACACUGGUACCCACCCUUAACGGUGAGGAGUUGCUGACGCUGAAACAGUUGGAACUUGAAGUUGUAACCGCUAUAGAGUCUCGUGGAGGCCGUGUCGCUGUUUCUCAACUUUCAUCGUCUUUGGGGAUACAGCAGAACUAUGUGGAGUGCACAGUGGAGAAGCUGCUAAAAGAACAUCCUGACCAAUAUACACGCCUUCAAGAUACCUUGAUCACUAAAGGGUAUACGGUUUGGCUCAUGGAAAUAGCAAGUCGCCGUCUCCAAGAAUGUGGUGUAUUGGAUAUAUGUGAUUUCGCCAGUGAGUUCGAGCUACCCUUCGACCUGCUGAAGAUGCUCAUAUCGCAAUCACAUCUUAUUGAUGGACGUAUGAACGGCAAUUUACUAGAGUCACGCGGAUACGAAGCUUGCAAAGAGCGUUGUGUCAUGGCUGCAUUAGCUGCGACAACUGUACCAACAUCUACUCUGCACCUGGCCACAGUAACACGGCUAGAUGUGAACCUUGUUAAAGAUACAAUAACGAGACUGGUAAAGAUAGGUAAAGUUAGCGGUGAGCUGAAAAGUGGCGUUUAUACUCCUAAAGUUUUUGCCGACCAUCGUCAUGCUUCUCUGACGACGUUCUACAGUGCUAACGGCUAUAUUGAGAAAUCAAAAGUAACCGAUGUACUCAAAUCCGCUAAGGAUCUACCCGCUAAAUUGUUCCCUGAUGCUAUCGUUCUAGAGACAGUAUACCUUAAUCGCAAAUCCUUGGAACCCAUCUCCGUACUUGUGAACGAGGCAGUAGCAAAUGGUAGCUGGCGUGAUGUAGGUAUCAUGCUACCAUCUGAUUUGACAUCCGCAGACGUAGCUGCUUUGAUGGAUAACAUUAAAGGUGCAAACAAAAACGGUUAUAUCGUAUGUGGCCUAUAUGUCUCAACAGUCUUUGAAGAGUCUCUUGUUAAAUACGUAGUUGAGGUUUUGAAAGAACGUUUGGGACCGCAACCACUACUGGACAUGGCGUCAAAGGAUCUAUCUAAACUGCAGGACGAUGUUAGCAGUCUUUUGGAAGGUGAUGCAGAUCCCAUUUUUACGGAGUGCUGGUCUAUCGCAUCUUCAGAAUUCUAUCUCCGUCUGGAGCCGUCGCUGAUUUCAGCGAUACGCAAGUCAUGUGUUAUGGAUCGACCAUCUUCAUCGAAGGGUGUAUUGGAUGUAAAUGCUGCUACGGAACAACUUAAAGACCACCACAUGAAGUUUGACAGCACCUUAAAGGUGAUGGAGAAACUAUGCGGUGAUCAGGUGGAUAAUACCCACCUGAUAAUGAAGACAGUAGCUAAGGAGCUGCUUCCUGUGGAUUGUCACAUGCUGUUACAGUUAUACAGCUCUAAAAACCUUAUCAUUAUACCAGGUGAUGACGGAGUUGUCGGUCCUAACAACCGUGCUGCUGUUGUGGAAUCCAUAACUGACAAGGAGGUUCAGGAGUAUUUCCGCAACUACCUGGAUGCUAUCAAACAAAAGGACGUACUGAAGGGUAUUGAAGCAUCACGAUCGUUGAAGGCUGCAAUGUACAUCACCUGCGUCGCCAAGAAGGAAAGAAAACGCUUCCUAGCAGCACAAUCGACCUAUUACGAGCAACAAUUGGCAGGUUUAAACUGCGACGAUGCUAUCAAAGCGGCACACUGUACAUUGACCUUGGGCCUACUACGUAAAGGACACUAUGCGUUUUUGGUGGAUAAGGACUGGUGUUUACGUGGCUGCAUAGAUAGUUUGGCGGAACUAGUCGGGGACGAUGCGCUCUUGAAGGCGGUGCGUCGGUGUUUAGAAUCACCAGGUAAGCGCAACUUUAAUAUAGCAAUGUAUAUAUAUAUUAGCAGGGCCUAG